AUGGUUCUGAAGUCCAGUAUUUACUUUAUUCUGUUCCGUAUGUUCAUAAAAAAAAUAUGAUUUUUCUAUAGUUUGAUCUAUUUAUAACGCUGUAAAAUGCCUUCCGAUUUUAGCGGUUUUAAUCCCAUGUUUCCAGCUAGGACUUGGCGGUUGAAACUGAGAUCAAUAUUUUCUCAGUUCGGUGAUAUGUUUAGUGAGUUCGGGAAAAACAUUGCACCUACUUAUUAUCAUGAUCGAUGUGAAAGGUCUGUGCAGAUGAGGCUGUAUACUAUGCACAAACGUGAGUUUGUUCUGAUAUUAUCAGCCUUUUUUGCAAGCUUUGGACUCUUCGUUUUUAUCGGAUUGGCUGGUCCACCUAUUACUAAAACUGUCACCAUUAAUGCUACUAACCUUAAACCCAAACUUAAUAAUUCCCAAUUAGCUACUGGACCUUUUAUUUUGCGAUCAACCGCAUUAUCUACUUUCAGUCAACAGCUGUGGGUUAUUGGAAGAAUUAUACUUAAACAUGGUGGUGAUGAACGAUUCAAUAAGCCAUUUCAUAUUGAUGUUUCAAUUCAUGGUGUAUCUGAUAAAAACAAAAUCAUUGCGGUAUUGGAUGAGCAACAAAGUCAUAACAGAACUCGGGAGCUACAUUGCUUUGAAAGUGUUUGUGAGGAGUUUACUAUCUUACACUUAGGCUUUAUAGAUUUUUCCCACUACAUAAUAAAUGUACGUUUCUAUGGAUUGGAGAGAAUAGAAGAAAAUUAUCACAUCAAAGAUGUUAUCUUUUAUUUUAAAAACUACAAUCCAUCUUUUACAAAACUUGAAAUUUGGUUCAGAUGCAUCUUCAUUUUAUUAACUUUUGGAACUACUUGUUGGUUCACAUAUUCAUUGAGGUUCUUCUUCUUUUUUGACUGGUCGAUAGAGCAAAAGUGGCUUUCUGUCCUGUUACCUUUACUUGUGCUUUAUAAUGAUCCAUUUUUCCCAUUAUCAUUUCUUGUGAAUAGCUGGGUACCUGGAAUGUUAGAUGCUAUAUUCCAAGCUACAUUUUUAUGUUCUUUACUACUCUUUUGGCUUUGCAUAUACCAUGGAAUCAGGCAGAAUGAAAGAAGCUUUACAAAGUUCUAUCUUCCAAAGUGUAUUAUUAUUGGACUUUUGUGGUUAUCAGCUUUUACACUUGCUUCUUGGCAAAAAUAUAAUGAAUUGAGAGAUCCAACCUACAACUACAAAGUUGAUACUGGGCAUUUCAUGGGCUUCAAGGUUUUCUUUUUUGUGAUUGGAGCAAUAUAUGUGAUGUAUUUAAUAUAUCUCAUUGUUAGAGCUUACUCAGAACUUCGUUCGAUGCCAUAUUUUGAUGUGAGGCUAAAAUUUUUGACAGUCCUGAUGAUAAUAGUAUUAUCGAUUAGUAUUGCUGUCACAGUGCUAAGGUUUGGUGUCUCUGUGUUGCAAGACAAUUUUGUAGCAGAGUUAUCUACCAAUUAUGGCAGUUCUGCUGAAUUUAUGUCUUUCUACAGUCUUCUAAAUUUGUAUCUUGUUACUAUGGCAUAUGUGUAUGCUCCACCUAAAAGAGCCUAUUUUGAAACUCGAGUUAAAGAUAAUCCAACGUUAUCAAUGAUUAAUGAUUCAGAUGAAGAAGUAAUAUAUGCUUCUGACUCUGAAAACAGACCUCUGAAUCCUCUGAGAAAAAGUCCUGACAAAGAAGAAAGUGAUUAAAGCAGACUGGCUACUUUUUUUUUGUCUUUGACUCUUCCAAAUCAUUCCAUAAUUAUUUAUUUACAUUGCAUUCACUUCAUUUUUAGUAAUGUAUGUAAAGUAG